CAUAGAUUUGAGCAGAGAGAGAGAGAGAUACAGAGAGAGAGAGCGAGCUGUGUCGCAGUCACGGAAUUCUGAUCACACAGGGAGAGCCCGUAUUUCUUCUGAUCUGCAGGUAGCUAAGCACUUAAGCCUCACCCGAGCACUCAUCAUGGCCGAUGUGGACGAGAGUCAGUUUUCCCUCAUGAGUCUGGAGGACGAGCUGACUUGCAGCAUCUGUCUGAGCCCCUUUGACUGUCCGGUGACUCUCCCCUGCGGACACAACUUCUGCCAGGACUGCCUUCUCGCCAGCUGGAAGGAUACCUACAGCUGUCCUCAGUGUCGGACUCUUUUCCCAACUAAACCAGAGCUGAAGAAAAACACGGUCCUCAGCACUGUUGUGAAGACCUUCACCUUGAGGUCCAACGACGGUGAGGACAAACAGGUCACAGAAGAGACCCACGAAGAAGAAAAGGAAGAUGACGUCAUACGGUGUGACACCUCAAUGUGUGACACCUGUAUGGAGGCAGAAGCAUCCCAGACCUGCCUCACCUGCAUGGUCUCUUUCUGUGAGGAGCACCUUCGUCCUCAUCGGGAAAAUCCCAAAUUCAGUUUCCACCAGUUACGUCAGCCUGUCAGGGACCUGUCAGAGCAUAUCUGUCUGGACCACAACAAGCUGAUAGAGUUCUUCUGCAGCCAGCACGGACGUCCCAUCUGCAGCUUGUGCCUCCAGCAGGUCCACAAAGGCUGCCCAUUCAUUUCCCCUGAGGAGCAGAGGAGCCAGAAAGAGUCCAACUUCAGAGACAAGCUGGGUCUGCUGGACAACAAGAUUGACAAGACUGAGACUGUUCUGUUUCAAAUGAAGGACAUGCAGAGCAAGCUGAAGGAUGCAUCAACCACAAAGAAGACAGCAUUAGCAGGCAUGUAUCAGCAGAUGCGGGAGAUAUUGGCUACAGAGGAGCGAGAGGCCCAGUAUGAGGUGGACCUUGAGCUGGAGAACAGUCAGACAAAACUACUGGACCUCAUGAAAAAGUUUACAGAGAACGCAGAGAAGAUGAGAAAAGCAAGAGAAGAUCUCAGCAGUCUACUGAGUCAGUCCCAGAGCCUGGCCUUUCUUCAGGCCUCAUUUGAUUUGCCAAGGGUUGUUAACUUUGACCCUCACCCUCCUCGAAUCAACCUGGACUCCAUGAAGGUGACAGCAACCCAGGCCUUUGCUGCCACCCUGAAGGAGCACCUGACAGAGGUCCUCAAACAGCCUGUAGAGGCCAGACUCCAGACACUAAAACCAGAUGGAAAAGCUAUGCCAGUCUUAGGAUCUAAAAGCACUGCUAAUGCCACACCUGAACCAGAUCCUCCAGAGCAGACAAGACCGCCAAGGUCCAACAGUCCGGACCUUCCACCCAUCCAGCCAAUCUACCAGCCAGUUCCUGUGCCUGUGUAUAUUACCCAACAUGUUGGCUGGAAUCAAUCCCAGUUUGCACCGUCCCCUGGCUCCCAUAAGAGUCCUCAUUUCAAUCCAGGACCAAAUACAUACAAGAAAAGUGACUCUAGUCACAAGCCGCCCCACAAGCAAGAGAAAAAGCCCCAAGGUGCUCCUGGUGGAGCUAAACCCGGUGCCCCUGGUGGAGGUAAACCAGGUGCUCCUGGUGGAGGUAAACCAGGUGCCCCUGGUGGAGGUAAACCAGGUGCCCCUGGUGGAGGUAAACCAGGUGCCAAAGGCUCUGACUCUACAAAGAAGGACAAUCCUAAAGGCCAUCCUUCAUCUGGAAAAUCCUCUAAAGGCAAUCCACGGCAUAACAAGAAGUAGAUCCAGUAGCAGCUGUUUGCUUGUUAAUGUUGAGUUCACCAGUAAAUCACAUGACAGGGCUGUUUUGUUGCUUUAUAAGUACAGUAAAAAGUUUGUUGCUUCAUAAAAUCAGUAAAUGACUGAUCAAGUGUGGUAAGAUUUCCUUGGAAAUGAACACAACUUCUCCAAACAGUGAGCUAGCAUUUGUUUAACUGUAAAUUAUUAACAAAUUCAAUCAUAACAUUUUCAUCAGAAUGGGAGCUUAGUUGGGAUCUCUGUGAAAGGACAGCAUCUGUUCAACUUCCUCACAACAACAAUAAACACACAGACACAUGGCUUGUAUAUAAAAAAUAUUUAUGGGUAUGUUUUCAAAUUCCAAAGAUCACUUCAGUACAUUCAGUUCAAUCAAAAUCUGUUUUUGUUUCCAGUGGUAGCAACUUUGCAAAACUGUCUUUUCUGCCAUUUAAGCAUGAUUGUUCCAAUAAAGUCAGAGUUUCUCCUCCGCAGAAACAGCA